AUGGCGCCCCCAACAUUCGCGGGAAUGUCAGGCAAGAAACUAGGCUGGUCAGUUUCUACUAUCGCGACAAUGGGUUUUCUACUCUUUGGAUAUGACCAGGGAGUCAUGUCCGGAAUCAUUUCCGACCCCGCCUUCAAUGACAUGUUCAAAGCGACUAAAGAUGACAACACAAUGCAGGCUACCGUGACUGCUGUCUACGAAGUUGGCUGUUUAUUCGGGGCGAUUAUCGCGCUGUGCUUCGGUGAAAUGCUAGGCCGUCGCUGGAUGGUCAUCAUCGGCGCAUCAAUCAUGAUCGUCGGUGUGAUCAUUCAGGUAUCUGCCAUGCCCCAGUCGCUUCCACUCCUGCAAUUCAUCUUCGGUCGAGUCAUCACCGGCAUCGGCAACGGCAUGAAUACCUCGACCAUCCCUACUUAUCAAGCAGAAUGCUCCAAAACGCAUAAUCGCGGCCUCUUGAUUUGCAUUGAGGGAGGCACCAUCGCCAUCGGCACGAUGAUCGCCUACUGGAUCGACUACGGCGCCCACUUCGGUCCCCAGGAUCUGGUCUGGCGAUUCCCGAUCGCCUUCCAGGUGCUCUUCGGGGCUAUCAUCAUCGUGGGCAUGUGGUAUCUUCCUGAAUCGCCUCGGUAUCUUAUUGGACACGGCAAGGUGGAAGAAGGCGAAACAGUCCUGGCGGCGUUGGCCGGGACGGAAAUCGACAACCCUCACACUCAAUUAGAGAAGAACCUGGUUCUGGAUUCCGUUCGAGUCUCUGGCAACACCCAAUCCAAAUUCAGCGAUCUUCUCACCGGCGGCCCCUCCCAGCAUCUCCGGCGCAUGCUCGUGGGUUCCUCCUCCCAAGUAUUCCAACAAAUCUCCGGCUGCAACGCCGUGAUCUACUACCUGCCCGUCCUACUCGAACAAUCCAUCGGGCAAUCGCACAACUUCGCUCUCCUAAUCGGCGGCAUCAACAUGAUCUGCUACGCCAUCUUCGCCACCUUCUCAUGGUUCUUCAUCGAAAAGAUCGGUCGCCGCAAGCUCUUCCUCGGCGGCAGCUACGGCCAAUGCGCCGCGAUGGUGAUCGUCUUCGGCUGUCUAAUCCCCGGCGACUCACAAACCGCCAAAGGCGCCGUCUUCGGUUUCUUCAUGUACAUGUGUUUCUUCGGCGCGACCUGGCUUCCCCUACCCUGGCUCUAUCCCGCGGAACUUUCCCCCUUAAAGACCCGCUCUAAGGCCAACGCCAUCUCCACCUGUAAUAACUGGCUCUUCAACUUCACCGUGGUCAUGAUCACCCCCGUCAUGGUGGACCAUAUCGGAUGGGGCACGUACCUGUUCUUCGCGGCGUGGAACGCCGUCUUCAUCCCGAUCAUCUGGCUCUUCUACCCGGAGACAGCAGGCCGGAGUCUCGAAGAGAUCGAUCUGAUUUUCGCAAAGGGGUAUGUGGAGAAGAUGAGCUAUGUGCGGGCCGCUAAGGAGUUGCCUAAAUUGUCGGACGAGGAGAUCGAGUCGAAGGCGGCGGAGUAUGGGAUUUUGAAUAAUAGUGAGAAGGUGGAGGAGAGGAUUAUUGAGAAUAAUAACCCCGCUGCGACGACGGAGCGGCCUCCGCAGCUGUGA